AUGGUUAUACGUGGUGUGCGGGGUGGUUACCACUCGCGGGGUGGAGGCUCACGGGGAGCUGGACGCAGCACGUACCAUGGCGGAAGUGGAUACCAUGGUUCGAACCAUCAUAACAGCAGCAGCUAUGACAACCGGAACGAUAACCGAAACAGUCGGUAUAGUAGCAGUGGUGGUAGCGGUGGCGGUGGCGGUGGAUACGAUUCCCGGAACUCGUCCCGGUACGAAUCAGAUUCAAGGUACUCUCGGCACGAGAGUCGCAACGAUAACUACAAGCGUUCGAACUCUUCCAAGUACGAGGAUAAUCGCGACCGUCGUUCACCGGAUCGGAAGCGUCCUCGCAGCGAUCACAACACUCAGGGAGGAAGCUCGCGACGCGAUUAUGGUAGCAGCGGCAGCGGUGCUGUUGGUGGACGUGGUGGUGGUUCGUCUAGCCGGUACCACGAGGGAGGCAGUUCCAGCUCAUCGUACGAUAAGCGUGGCAGCAACGAGCACCACUCGUCGUCGUCCGGUGCCGCCGACAGUUCGAACCGUAGCAAGUUCGAUCAUCAUCGCAGCAGCAGCAGUGCCAGCCGUAGCCAUGGUGGUGGCGGUGGUAGCGGCGGGGGCGGUGGUGGCGGCGAUUCCGGUAGUUCUUACAGGUCACGGGACAACAGCUCUACCAGCAUGGGGCCGCCACGUUCGGUGGCGAUGCGGAGCAACCACAGCAGCAGCAGCGGCGGUCGUUCGAUGAUGCGCCCACCGAUGGGAGGCGGCCAUCGGUCACACAUUGGCGGUAGCUCACUCAUGGGCGGUGGUGGAAUGCAUCGCCGGGGAAGUGGUAUGAUGCGGGGACGGAUUUCGCACUACCGCUCCGAUGGCCGGCGGGGCAUGCUGACGUCACGCAUCAUGGGUGGGCAUCACCGGCCGACGGAUAUGCGUCCAAUACCGAUGCACAACCGACGCUUCCCAUCGAUAAGAGGUCGUGGUGACAUGCGAAGCCGUAUUAUGGGUGGCAGCGAUGUGAUGUCCAAACGGACGUUUGAUAUGAGGAUAUCGAAAAAAGUUCUCUACAAGCGUGCGCUUCAGGCCGCAAAGGACGGAUACGAUGAGUCGGCGUCCGAAAAUGAUGACGACGACGAAGAGGACGAUGGUGAUGAUGUCGAAGCGGCACCAUCACGAACUAAAAAGGCCAAGAAAACUGACGUUGCAGUAGAAGAUGAGGAAGAAGAGGUGGACAUUAAGGAGGAAAAAGGUGAACUAUGGGACGACGAUGACGAUGCUGGAGAUACAAAGUCCAAAUCGUCCGCACGUAAUGAAGAGGAGGAUCAUGACGAAGAUGAUCCCAACAAUACUGCAACAACGAUCGGUGAAGACGGCGAGGAAAAAGAUGGUGUAAAAAUACCAACACCGGUAAAGAAAGCCACCAAGAAAGAAGACGGAAAGGAUAGUGCGGAAGGAGACCGUAAGGCUUCCGACGAAGGAUCGGCAAAUAAGCGAUCGACUAAGAUCAACACGAAGUACCGGUCGUCCAACUUCAUCAAACUCACGUGUGUACACUGCAAGAUAAAGUGUGUAACGUUCAAGGAGUACCAAACGCAUCUUUUUACACGUUCCCACAAACUUAAAAUGCGCACGUUGGCUCUUAAGUGCCGGGAGCGUUUGCUGGAAAUGCGUGCCGCGCAGCGAAAUGCCCAAAAGGACGAGGAUGAAAAAUCAGACGACGGCACAGGAGGGGAGGAAACGAAGCGUCCUGGGUUCUGCAUGCUGUGCCGCCUGAACUACCGGCAACAGCGCGCCAGUCACCAGCAGUCCGAAGGGCACAAGAUGAUGAAGAAAUUCCUGAUGCCGUACUGCAACAUAUGUAACCUCGGCUUCAAGAGCCCGAUGGCGUUCGAAACGCACCGUGCAUCUUUGGAUCAUUUGAAAAUUAAGGCACGCGUCGAGCGGUACGCUUCGUCCACGAAGGGAGAAGAGUCGGGCGAAGAGCAUCCGGUUGAUACGGGCGAUAUAGACCUGGACAGCUUGACCAUCGUCGAUGAGGUUGGCAAGGUGGAUGAAAUUUGUGAACCGGGUGCAGGUGCGGAAUCGACACCCACAAGAAAGCGUGGCUUCGGUGAUGCCGGUGGUGGUGGUGCUCGGGCCGGAACGGAGGAUGACGAUGACGAGGAAGAUGAUGAUUUUGAUGAGGACGAUGAAAAUCAAAUGAUCAUCGGUGCGGAGUACGUGAAGAACGUACAGGUGCAAUUCUGUGAGCUGUGCAAUAUGUAUUUGCCACGGCGUUCUGUAGAAAACCAGGAACGGAUACUGCGCGAUCACUGUAAGAAGCGACCUCAUCUGAAGCUGUACAUACGCUUCCGGAAUGAUAAGAAGCUACGCGAACAGGCGGAGCGUAUCCACAAGAAGAAGCUGAAGGGUGAUAAGGAGUCAGCCACAGGAACGAAGGGUGAUGAAAAGAAAUUGAACGAUUCGACUGGAACCACCGAAUCAAAACCGUCUACGGAUAACACUAACACAGCCAGUACCAACCCGAAUGAGUCUGGUUCGAUAAAAUCCGAAAGCGAUAUCAAACCGGAAAAGAAUAGUUCCGCAGGAAGCGAUGCUGCUGUCACCAACGCAACAAAAACAAAUGCUUCCAACACCAGCAACACGACUACGGUAGCGCACGAUGCGGCCAGUGUUGAUUCAAGCGAAGCAAAUCUAUCGUUCGAUGGAAGCAAUAAUUUAACCGCGCUCGGUGGUGCCGAUGUUCCCGUUACGCUGACAGACGAACAGGUCGACAAACUGAUGUGGCAGGUGGUGGACAAUGAUGACUUGGGCGAUCUGUUGCGUGACGUGCAGGAUGACGUCGAGGAGGAAGAUGACGAUAAAACGAACCUGGAGCGCUACGAUAAGUUCCGGCAUACGGAAAAGAACGGGCUGGAACAGCGAUCUGAUACGGCCGCUGAUGGUGUCGAGGAUGAGGAGGAAGGUGAGACCGGCAAAUCACAGAGCGGUGCGGGUAAAAAAGGGACGGCUGCAAACGGUGGUGCGGAUGUGGCGGCGAACGGUGAAGCCGGCAAAGAAUCGAAAUCGGUUGUAGGUUAG